AUGUCCGCACCCCUGGCUGGGACUGUCAUCUGUGACAUGUUUAUGAGGAGGUCUCUGAGCGGCCUGUUCAUGGACCGAGAGAGCCCCUUUGGGACAGUCGUGCGGGCGCUCCCCGCCCACCCCACCCCCGCCGCCUCUGCCGUCACUCACGGCCUCCGCUCGCCGGCUCUCUCGUGCGCUCUCCGCGCCGCGGGCACCUGCUCGCCCGGCGCCCGGCGCUCACUUCUCGCUCGCGCACCGCAGACUCCCGGCGUCGCCGCCGCCACCCGCCUCGGCCCGGACCUGCAGGGCGCUCCGCUUCUCUCCGCGGCCCCGGGCGGGCGCCAACCCACCCUCCGCGGCCUGGGCCUGGGACAAAGAGCGGUGCGGCUCGUUGCCCAAACCCGGGUCCGGCGCCAGGUCUGCGCGCCGCGGCUGAGCGCGCACUCGUCCUGCGGAGGGAGCCGCGGAGGCACCGGCGGGGGCGGCGGCGGGAGCCGGAGGAGGCGGCAGCCGGAGCCAGACCACCGGAGCCCGGGAGGCGGGAUUCCACUCGCCGCUCCGAGGCGAGGCGCGCGCUCCCUCGGCCGGGGAUGGGUCCCGGCGCGGCCCAACCCCUGCCCGGCCCGCCGCGCAGAGACUAACCUGCGGUUCCCCACCGUCCGGCGGACGCGGGCAUAGAGUGAGGCACGGGCCGAUCGCCCGCAGC